AGUUUGUCGGUGGGGGUAUUCUUCCGUACGUGUUGUUAUUGUUUGUUGUUAUUUUUUAUAAUUUUUUCGGCACUAUCGGUCUGUCUCUCUCUCGUCAAUGAACCGUCAUGGCCUCAACCGUUUCUUAUCAUUGGCGGCCCCGCAGUGUAGUGUGUGUGCACGCCCGUGUGUGUGUGUGCGUGUGCGUGUGACAAAAUAUUUCGUGCGAGCGGAGAGAAAAAUAAAAACGACGAUAAUAAUAAUAUUAUAAUAACGAAAAUAAUACGACCGCCGCCGAAUUUACAGAGACACGUCGCACACCGCCACCGCAGUGGUCGUCCAUCAUUUUACAUAGACCGUACUAGGUACCUAUUGGUUUUUGUUACGCAAAUUUUUUUCCUACUCUUCCAGUUUUUUGAGAAAUUAGCGCUGUACGAAUUAUGAUAUCGUUGUCGUCGUUUGCUCGUCGGUUCACCAGUUCUCGUUGUCGACAUUAAACUUUUCGUCGCUGCCCAAUUGGUGUUUUUUCCUUGCCAUCAGGACUCGCCACCACCAAUCUCGGAAUGACCAUAUAGAAGCUAAAGCAGCUUAUGUAGAUUUUUUGAGGAGUUAUGUUAAACAGCUUGCGAGAUGGUCAAAUAAAUUAUGGAACUACAAAUUGUCAAUCUACCCAUGUUCCACCUCAUAAUGUCGUCGCCCCCAUACAUCAAAAUUCUCUUAUAUCGACCGAACCCACUACACCUGUCUAUCAGUGGAAUACAAACCAUCGGCUUGAACAUUUAUAUGGCUUUCAUUCCAGAUAUUAUAAUCUCGACUUUCCUACUCCAUACCCGCCAGCUACUAAUCAAUAUGUACCUGCAAAUGUGUACGGACAGAAUUUGCCGCAAUGCUGUCAACCGUGUUGUCGGCUCAGGUCUCAAAACAUGCCAAAAGCGUCUCCACCACAAGUGUUAUAUAACCCAAGACCAGUGCAACAAUUGAAUCGAUCUUAUAAAUCAAAAAAGACUUUGAAAACACCGUGCUCCGAACAGUUCCUACCAUACAUUCCAAAUGAUUUACCAGUUAAAUACGAUACACAAAAUUGUUAUCAACAAAAAUAUAAUAGUUCAUAUUUAAACAAUACAAAUUAUUGCCCUCCUGCUAAUAACUUGUGGAUUCAACCCGCAGCCAAUCCUAAUUGGUCUACCGACAGGUUACGACCAAUUGGCCGUCAUACCAGCGUGGUGUCGCAUGAUUUUAGUAGGGAAAAAAAUUAUCAAAGAUUACCAAACUAUCAAAGUAACCCUUAUUUAAAACCUUCUAGUGGUACACAUCAUAUACCUUAUAAUUACAUUCCACCUAUACCUGAUGUACAUGACUAUCGACCUCCAAUCUAUCAUAAUGCAUUAAAAAACAAUACUACCGAGUAUGUAUCGCACGAUCACAAUUCUAGAUUACCUAUAUCAUCUCAGAACAUUCAAAAUGCGCCUUCAUUACAACAAUACUAUAACACUCAACCAGUGCCUUAUUCAGAUGUACAAUUACCAAAUAGUGAAUCAUUUAAACCACCUCAAAUCGCACCAAAAGAUAAUUCGAAGAGUAAUUUAAACGUUCGUGAGUUUUUGGCUACCUGGGACGAAGGAGAAGAAGAAAUCGCUGAAAAAUCUUCUGAAACCACAGAGCCCAUUGUGGUACUCGAUUGUAUGACACUCGAUGGAGAUGCGUUAACUAAAAUUCAAGAAAAACUUAAUGUAGUGUCCUAUGAAAAUUUGGAAAAAGUACUUAAGGAAAAUCAAAACCCAUUAGUUAUAACUACCGAACCAAAUGAAAUUAAUUCUUUUACCAAUAAACCCAAAUUACCUUCAAAAUCUAAUUUUGAACCCCUAGAUUACACUAAACGGGAAACUGGUAUAAUUAAACCGUUUAACACUGAAAAGAAAACAUCGUCCGGAUCAAAUGUCCAGCCUGAAAAAAGUUAUAGCGUUAAUUUUGAUGGAAUGGUUGCUUGGUACGGUAAAAAAAAUGCAGACAUUUCAUCUACAGAUCUCAUUGAAAAAUUAGCUGACAGGAUUUUUAACCUAAGUAAAUCACAAGAAAACGAUGGCGUAUCGUUUGGAACAGCAGCUUAUACAGGACAAAUAACUCAAACUAAUCGAUCCAUUGAGAGUUCGGACAAAAAUACGUCAAAAUAUAUUCAAAGUUCACAAAUGUUUGAUUUACAGCAUCAGCAUCAUGUAGAUAAAUGUAUUGAACAUCCUUUAAUGAACAAAAUGAAUUGUAAUAAGGAUUCAAUUCCUAGAGUUAAUUCUUUUACUUUAAAUGAGAGUGACAAAUCAUCAACUGUUAAAUCAAAUAACGCGAAUUCCUCGUGUAUCGUGGAAAAUAUAACUAAAAGAUGUUUAAAUGUUACUAAUGAAGAUACUACCCCAUGGAAUUUAGACCAAGGUAUUCAAGAACAACAUUUAAAUACGUCUUUGUAUGACCACAGUGUUAUUAUGAAACCUCUUGACUUUUCUUCGCUUACCGAUGAAACUAAAGGCAAUCCUUUUGUAUUCGAAAAGAUUACGUCAAAUAAUAUCAAACCUAAUGACAGCAUAAAUAAUCAAUGUAAUAAAGUAUUUAAUGAACACAAUAGUUAUAACUCUACAGUUUCUAAUAAUCAACAUUCAAUACAACAAAUAGAUACGGUCAAUAGAAAUUUUCCAGUUAUAGUUUCACCACACAGAUCAGAAUACAACGGAUUUCAUGAAAGUGUCAUACAGAGGACUGGUUGCGAUAAAAAUAAACACGAUAAAGUAUCAACACAAACUGAUUUCGAAAGCAUAAAUUGGAAUUUAUCUAAUGAUCUCGAUAAAAUUAUGAAAAAUGAGAACAUGGUUAUGGAACCGUCUUGUUUGUAUGACAGAAAUAAUUACAAUAUUUUAGACAGUAUGAACUCGGACAAAAAUGUUUCUACUCGGUGGAAGGAUAAUGUGCCGUGUGUGGACUUGACAGUAAAUUGUAAAACUAAUCCUCAUCACGAUUCGUUUUUUGACGGCUGGAGCUUUAUUGAUAGUUAUGAAAACCAUACUAGUAAAAAAAUAAUGAAUACAUCUUCUAAUAAUAAUUCCCACCAUUCAUUGUUUCCGAACCAAAUGACUUCUCUGGAAGAAUCGACAAAAAAUAACAAUAAUUCUUGUGAAAAUACUGAUGAUACAUUUAAAGAUGUACCACCAUUCUCAAAAUCCAAUGAUCUAUCACCUACCAAUCGACAAUCGCGAGAUGUUUUUAAUUUGAAUAAUCGCAUACCUGAUUUUAGUGAUGGGUUUGAAUUGUCAGCUAUAAAUGAACCACACGAAUAUUUGCAAUUUAAAAAGGAUGAUAAUGAACAUCGGGCAGAUGGUUCGAUUUUUGAACAUCUGAAUGAACCUAAGUGUGUUACAACUCUAAAUGAAACAUUAACUUAUAAGAAUGAUCAGAAUAAACUCGAUUUUAUUGGUCUUCCGAGUUUUAAAGAAAAAGAGCCAUUGGCACCUGUAUCUGCGCCAUCAAAACUUAAUAUUGUUAAACCUACUCUACGAGAUCCUAGUCAAACCUACACAGUCAUAAAACAGAAGUUAAAAUACAAUAAUACAUGCGCCGACAAUGAUAGUGUGGUUACUAAUAAAACUGAAAACAAUUUAAAAGAACAUUUAACCAAUUCUUUUAACGUAAUGGACUUAAAAUCUAAAUAUAAUAGUGUGCAAUUAAAUCAAUUUGAUGUUUGGUCUGAGAAGUUUGUACUGAAAGGAAAUUCAAAUAGUUCAUCUAGCGCAGUUGUUCAGUGUGAUGUAGAAAUUACACAAUUCAAGAGUACUCCCGAAAAUCGCAAUUCAUUACCUAAAUCAAAUAUGAAUGAAAAUUAUCAGGACAAAACUAUGAUGUUGCCAGAAAAUACAAAUUGUAACUUAGCCGCCGAUAAGAUUAAUAUUAUCGAACAUGAAAAAAUUAAUUCAAAUGAUUUUCUUCAUUGUUUGGAAAAUACAAAAACAGAUGACCAGAAAUAUCGAGAUACUUUCGAUGAAUUUGAAACAUCGUUUGGGUUUGAUAUACAUUGUAAUAAUGAAUCUAACAAAUCUUUCCAUGAAGAUAUUGUUGAUAAAUGUUUUGAAGAAAGGAUUAAAGAUCAAAUUGAUGAUAGGAACAUAAAUACAGUUGAGUCAAAUAAUACUUCCAACAGUAAUACAUCAUCAAAUAACACUCAGUUGCCUUUCCAGUGUGAUUUUCAAUCAAGUUAUUUAAUUAAAAACUAUUUUGAUGAAAACAAAAAUAAAACAGUCAACUUAAAUCAAAAGCAAACCAAUUAUCAGGAUAAAUCAGAUACAACAGUUUUUAAAUAUCACGACCAACAUGUACAAGAAUUCGAAUUGCAAAAUAAUGAAAGUAUUCAUUCAGUUAUAAAUUCUGAAAAAAACUCAAACUUUAUCAUGGAUACUGAUAUUGGAGAAAUACAAAAAAGCAAUGAAAACAAUAAUUUAAAUUUAAUAAAUGAAGACAAAUCCUGCGAGAAUAAACCCGAAAACACAAAUAAUGUUCGUAAAAUAUCAAGUAUAAAAAAUAAUAAUUUUGAUUAUUUAAAUGUGGAAGAUCGUAAUUUGAAAUUGAAUGAUAAUAAAAAAAGUAUUCUUGAAUCCACAAUUUCCAAAGAAAAAGUUGAAAACAAUAGUUCUGCUGAAGCUAACAUCAUUAGCCAAAUAAAACAGAAUGAUUUGAAUUCUCAUAAAUUAUUUCAUAUACGAACAAAUUCAAAUGCUGAUUUCGAACUGAAUAAUAUUAAUGCAAAUAUUUUUGAAUCAAAUCCAAAAUCUACAAGUAUUGUAAGCUCAAAUGAAGCUAAUAAAAACAAUAUAUUAGGUAGUCCUAAGAAUAGUGUUGAAUCAAAAUACAAUUCUGAUAAUAUUGAAAAAAUUGAACGCAACAUUAAUAAAAAAAACAUUUUUGAAUUUGAUAAUAAUAAUAUUAAUAUACAUAAUUUAGAAAAAAUGGAUGAAUUUGAUUUUAAUACCAGAAUUAUUCAAAAUUUAGGAAUUGAAUGUUCUUCUGUUGAUGUCGAAAAACCAAUAAGCUCAAAUGAAAGAUUUACAAAUGAAAAUCGAAUAAAAGCUAGCUGUGGAUUUGAAAUAAACGAUAAUGGAAACAAAGUUAAAUUAGAAACAAAUUACAAAAACACUCUGGGUAUUCAAGAAAAGCUACGAAUUGGCGAAACAUCAGACUUAAAUUGUAAUAAUGAUAUUCAAUGUCAUGAUGUAAUUGAAACAGAAAAUAUUAAUUGUGAAAACAAAGUGGACCGUAUUUUUGAAAUUGGGUGUAUUGUUAACAAUAUUCAAGAAAAACAAAUCCUUGAUAACCCAAAAGCACAAACUGAUUUUAUUACUCAAAAUAAAAACGCAGAAAAAUUUAAUUUAAAUAACUGUAAUACUAAAGUUGAAAAUAACUCGGAAGUUGAGAAUAUUUUUGAAAAUAUUUAUGAUAAUUUAUCGACCCUGGAUUCUGUCAAAAAUGAUACUAAUAUUUUAGACGAAGACGAUUUAAAACGUAAUGCUUCUAAAUGUCUAGAAAUUAAUAAAAAUCCAAGUUUAAAAAAUAAAAACUUGGACGGUGUUGAUGAACCAAAUAUGGACGUGGUCCAUAAUGCAUCUGAAGAAACAUUUGAUGAAACUAAUAACGUCUUACUACAAGAACUUGUAAAUAAUUCAGUUCAUCGCUUGACGACUGUUUCAGUGCCACACAAUGAAUCGAUAAACGAGAUUAAGAGUAAAUCAACGCUUCUAGAAUACAGUACAGAUGAAAACCUAUCUAUAUCUGUAGAACAACUCACCAAAGACAUUGAAGAAGAUAAGGGAAAGUCGAAUAAUGUAACAAAUAGAGAAUCUAUAAAAAACUUGACAGCCAAUAAAGUUAAGAGUGAUGCUACAUUAACAUUAUUUGAAAAUUUAAAAUCUGAUUUAUUUAACGCCACAAAAAAUGCAGAUGAAAAAUAUCAUGCCUUUGAAUUAACAUCACAACAAAAUCCCAGUGAAAUGCACGAAGUUAAAGAUUCUACUUAUUCUGAAGCUUAUUUAUUGAGUCAUGUUGAAAUGACCCAUCAUCAAAAUUCUAAUCGAAUAAUUGAGAUUAAAGAUUUAAUGAAUUGUGGACCGAGUAUAUUAAACCACAAUGAAUCAAUAUCCAAACAACCUUCAUUGGAAAAUGUCCAGGCCGUCGAUUUAACUAGUUCUAGACUUACUUCAUUAAACCAUGAUAAAUCAACACCCCAACAGAAUCCAAACAAAAUUUAUGAAAUUGAAGAGUCAAUUAGUACUGGACUAACUUCAUUGAAUCAUACUGAUUUAAUAAGUAAACAGAAUUCAAAUGCUAUAACUAACGGAGUUGACAAUUCAAUUAAUUAUGAUUAUACUUUAUUAAGUCAUAACGAAUUAAAAUGCCAACAAUAUCCCGAUAAAAGGGUUGAAAAUGAAGAUUCUAAUAUUUCAUUAAAACACGAUGAAUUACAACAUCAUAAAAAUAUAAAUAAAAUUAAUGAGAUUAAAGAUUCAACUAGUCCGGAGCCUAUUUCAAUAAAACAAGAUAAAAUAGAUUUACCAAAGAAUUCAAAUGCAAUUUACGAGGCUGAAGAUUUAACUAAAUCUAAUCCUACUUCAAUAAAUCAAAAUGAAUUAAACUACUAUCAAAAUUUAAAUGAGGAUGAGGAUUCAAUUCAUUCUGAGCCUUGCUCAAUAAAUCAAGAUGAAUUUGAAUUACAAAAGAAUUCAAAUGCAAUUAAUGAUCUCGAAGAUCUGACUAUGUCAGAGACGAGUUCAAUAAAUCAAGAUGAACUAGAAAUACCAAAGAAUUCAAAUGCAAUUAACGAUCUCGAAGAUUUGGUGGAUAAUUCUGAACCUUGUUCAAUAAAUCGAGAUAAAUUAGAAUUUCAACAAAAUGAAAAUGGAAUUUAUGAAGCUGAAGAUUUAUCUAGAUCUAGACCUAGUUCAAUAAAUCAAGAUGAAUUAAAAAUACCAAAGAAUUUAAAUGCAAUUAAUGAGCCCGAAGAUUUAAUUACUUCUGAAUCUUGUUCAAUAAAUCAAGAUAAAUUAGAAUUUCAACGAAAUGAAAAUGAAAUUUAUGAGAAUGAAGAUUCAAUUAGUUGUGGAUCUAGAUCAAUAAAUCAAGAUGAAUUAGAAUACCAUAAACAUUUAAAUGAAAUGAAUGAAGAUGAAGAUUCUACUAGUUUUGGGUCUAGUUCAAUAAAUCAAGAUGAAUUAGAAAAACCAAAGAAUUCAAAUGCAAUUGAUAAUCCCGAAGAUUUAGUUAGUUCUAAAUAUUGUUCGAUAAACCAAGAUAAAUUGGAAUUUCAACAAAAUGCAAAUGAAAUGAUUGAGAAUGAAGAUUCAAUAAUUUCUAGACCUAAUUCAAUAAAUCAAGAUGAAUUAGAAUACCAUAAAAGUUUAAAUGAAAUGAAUGAAGAUGAAGAUUCUCUUUGUUCUGGGCCUAGUUCAAUAAAUCAAGAUGAAUUAGAAAAACCAAAGAAUUCAAAUGCAAUUAACGAUCUCAAAGAUUUGGUGGAUAAUUAUAAAUCUUGUUCAAUAAAUCAAGAUGAAUUAAAAUUUCAACAAAAUGAAAAUGGAAUUUACGAAGCUGAAGAUUUAUCUAGAUCUAGACAUAGUUCAAUAAAUCAAGAUGAAUUAAAAAUACCAAAGAAUUUAAAUGCAAUUAAUGAGCCCGAAGAUUUAGUUACUUCUGAAUCUUGUUCAAUAAAUCAAGAUAAAUUAGAAUUUCAACAAAAUGAAAAUGAGAUUUACGAGAAUGAAGAUUCAAUUAGUUCUAGACCUAGUUCAAUAAAUCAAGAUGAAUUAGAAUACCAUAAAAAUUUAAAUGAAAUUUAUGAAGAUGAAAAUUCAACAAGUUCUGGGUCUAGUUCAAUAAAUCAAGAUAAAUUAAAAUUACAACAUAAUUCAAAUGAAAUUUAUGAUUCUGAUGAUGAUCUCAUUACAUCUAGGCCUAGUUCAAUAGAUCAAGAUGAAUUAGAAAUACAAAAGAAUUCAAAAGUAAAUGACGAACCCGAAGAUCACAUUAGUUCUAAAUCUUGUUCAAUAAAUCAAGGUAAAUUAGAAUUUCAACAAAAUAUAAAUGAAAUUUACGAGGCUGAAGAUUUGACUAGAUUUAAACCUAGUUCAAUUAAUCAAGAUGAAUUAGAAAUACCAAAGAAUUCAAAUACAACUGUCGAUCCCGAAGAUUUGGUUAGUUCUGAAUAUUGUUCAAUAAAUCAAGACAUAUUAGAAUUUCAACAAAAUGAAAAUGAGAUUUAUGAGAAUGAAGAUUCAAUUAGUUCUGGACCUAGUUCAAUAAAUCAAGAUGAAUUAGAAUACCAUAAAAAUUUAAAUGAAAUUUAUGAAGAUGAAAAUUCAAAUAGUUCUGGGUCUAGUUCAAUAACUCAAGAUGAAUUAGAAUACCAUAAAAAUUUAAAUGAAAUUUAUGAAGAUGAAAAUUCAACUGGUCCUGGGUCUAGUUCAAUAAAUCAAGAUGAAUUAGAAAAACCAAAAAAUACAAAUGCAAUUGAUAAUCCCGAAGAUUUAGUUAGUUCUGAACAAAAUUUAAAUGAAAUUAACGAGGCUGUAGAUUUGACUAUAUCAAGACCUAGUUUAUUAAAUCACGUAGAUUAUAAAAGUCAACACGAUUUGAAUAAAACCGUAAAAGAUAAAGAUUUAAUUGGUUCUGUUGAAAGUUUAUUGAAAACGAAUUGUGAUACAUACAUUGAUCCAAAAAGCGUUGUCAAUAAUAUAAAAUUAUCAAAAGUUAAAUUUAUGUUGAAAUGUCAUAACAGAAAUAUGAUAAAAACAAAUAUAUUUGAAGAAGAACCGACUGUGCCUUGCAAAAAGUUGAAAUUAGCGAAAGAUGAAAAACUUAUGUCUCAUCAUAUUUUUAAAAAACGAAACACCUGCAAUAAACAGUGUACAUCGCUGCAAAGUAUGUAUAAAAAAGAAUUGAACAUUGAACUGAAUGAUAAUAAUUUAAAAGAUUUGAUAAAAAAUACGGAUAUUCCACUAAUUACUAUUCAUCCGGAUAAUAUUGCACAAGUCGUUCGAACCCCGAGUGAAGGAGAACAAUACGACAGUAAAUUCGUAUCGUUGGUGGAUCAGAUGUAUGACCAUGAUAGAAAACAAAACGAUGAAGUUGAGGUUAAGAGUGACAUGUCUGAUGAUGAUGAAUAUAGCGGACCCCUCAUAACACCAAUCCCAUCGCCAUUUGAUGAUUUUCAAUCGGAAAACACAACUCCUGAACACUGCGGUGGUGAAGUGUACUGGGAUAAGUCACUGGAAGACGAAUACAAAAGCGUACUGCACAAAACAAUUUCAAAGCUGGCGAAAGUCCGUGUUAAUGUCAGGGAUAAGUUCAACAGUCGGUUACUUGCUCGUAGAGUGAUCGAAACGAAACGGAGAAAACGGGAGUGGCAACAGCGACAGCUAUUAGUGGCAGAUAAAACGGCGGUGGUAAUCGUUGGCCACGUGGAAGACACUGUUAAGCCUGUUGUAACUGCCGUCAAAGUGUCGACAAGCCCGAUGUACAAAAUAAAAGUUCAGUUGCCAUGGGGACGGAUAUUUAACAUGAACGGACCUAAAGGAAGCCGGAAUAAGACUAAGGAUACUACAAAAAUCGAGCUAGGCCCCGCUAAAGUAGAAGUGAGACUAAGUCAAACCCCGGGUGAAUGGCAGGUGGCAGCUUGCCAGCCUAUGACUUCUCCAAAAUCAGUGGUGUUUGUUAGACGGUUAGUGCUGCAGAGAGCAACUAGUCCUGUUACAAACGAUUGCGACGUCGAUGACCACUACCACAACCACCGCCAAGAUGAUAACGGUCAUGGCACAAACGAUAAUCGCUCGCACGAUUUCUCCAGGAAAUUGCCAAAAAUUGUUAUCCGAAGAAACGGUCAGGACAACAACUAUACCAGUUACGUGAGUAGUAGUGGGUUCGAGAAUGGUGAUGCUAAUGACGACGGCGGUAAUGACGACAAAAACGACAACGGUGGUGGCGUUCCUCAGCUGAUGGUCCGGUUGGUUCGAGACCGGAAACUGGACGCAAUGGCCGUCGAAGGAGUCACUACUCUACACCUUAAACAUCUUGUUCCUAUAUCUGAAUCUAAAAUGGAAGCAUCAGUGGAGAUGGACAUGCACUGUGCCAAAAGGGUUCGGUACUCAUAGAUCAAUACUACCAUAACUAUUAUCACCACCUUCAGUUACCAAUUAACAGAGAAAGUAUAUAAAAAACAUUCACUUUUUUUAUGUAAACUGGACAGUUGAAUAUUAUGUUACCAAUAAUAAUUACAACCUUGAAAUCUUUAUCACGAUUUUUCUCUUUAGUUAUUGUUUUCAAUUUCAAUUUUUUAUUUUUACGAUUUUUGUUUUCGAUUAUAUGAUGUUAUUGUUUAAUCUAUAAUCUACAUUGUGUAUUAUACUAGAAAAAUGGAUGAUCCUAUUAUAGUUAUUAUAUUAUAUUAUUUUUUUUUUUUUGUUGAUUUUUAAUAUUUUAUUUAAAAUAGAUAUAAUUUUUCGUUGGUAUUCAUAAAGUUAUAUUGUUAUUUGUGUGAGGUUGUAGUUUCGUUGUUUUAUUUUAAUUUAAAUUGUUGAUUUUUAUUAUUUUUGACUGUCGGAAAAAGGAAUUGUAAAGAACCAAAGAUUAAAACAUUGUUAAUUUAAUUCGUAUUUUAAUAGAAACAAUUAACUGUAAAUUAUAACCCCUUUAUUUUAAACUAGAAACAUAAUGUGUUUUGUUAAAAAUUUGUAUUUUAAUUACUGCGAUAGGGAUAAUUUGACCCGUCUUACACUCUUCAUCUUUGAUUUUUUUUCUCGAUGUAUUUUUGGAACAAUAUACAUACCUUGUAUAGGUCCAAAAGUAAUCAAAAUUACUAUUUAGCGUGCUAUAUUUUAUUAUUAAAAUAUUUAUCUAUCCAUUUUGCUUUUGUUCAAAUAAAUCACACAUGCUUUUAUUCAAUUUAUCUCUUAAUUUGUUAAAGUUUUUCUUUUAAAAAUAAUAAUUUUGUCGUCAUGAUUUUUCUGUCCUUAAUCGGUAAUUACGGGUGAAAUGUUUGCUGUUCAAUAAUAAUAAUAAAAAACCAUCAAGUCAAAUAUUGUUUUGUGUACAUGCUUUCUGUACAAUUUAUAACAUAUAAUUACUAAUUAGUACAAAUAUAAUUAUAUGAAAAUGUCUAUUAAAAUGAAUUGUUUGCUUUAAAGCAAUAUUUAAUGGUAAUUAAGAACGAUUAAAUUCGCAAAUUGUUUAAUUCGUUUCGUCCGUGGCUACUAAUAACUUUCGUUUGGCCUCUAACAGUAAUUUAGACCCCAAAAUAUUUCACAAUCACCGAUAUUACUCAAGUUUGUUUUCUGGUAAUUAUUUUAGUGUGUUCCUAGUCAGUAUAUUUUAUUUGUUUUAUAUUUAAAAAAUAAAAAUAAAAUUAUAAAUUAUUAUUCUUCAAUAAUAUUAAAAGUUAAUUACCAUUUUUAACAGAAAACAUAACUAAAAAUAUUACCUAUCUAAUGAUUUCAGUUUUGAUUUAAAUGGCUGUGAUUUAAUGAGCUAAAUCCCAAAGGUAUUUUUGAUGAAAUAUAAUUUUAAUAGUUUUAAUUUAUUUAUAAAAUAACUUAUUUCGAGCUUUACAUUUUUGUAAAUGAUUAAUAUUCUAAAUUAUUGCAAUGUGAUUUUUGAUCAUAAUAAAUUUAAACAUUAUUUUUUGAGGAUUGUUAAUGGAAUAUAUUAAUGUUUUAUUUUAAAUAAUUUUUGUUAUGGUUAUACAUACUUUCUACUGUUUAAUUUAACGGUUCGGUGGUUUAUUUUACACAGUUAAAGGACACAAAGGGUUAAAUAUUAGUAAAAAAUUAAUAUUUUUCAAUUCAAUUAAAUAUUUGUUCAAUCUUUUUUUAAAUCUGAUCAUUUUUUUUUUAAAUUUCAUGUUUAAAAACCUAGUCAAAUACAUUUUAAAAAUUUGUUUGUUUAAAGUGAUAAAGAGAAAAAAUAUUUAAAAAUGUUAAUUAUACUUGCCUUGAUUCGAUUUUUAACGCUUGCGUGUGAUUGUCUUAUUAAACUGAAUUUACAACUACCUAUCAAAAAUAUUGUAUAAUAUUUAUUCAUUCUAUUUUAAUGAAUUUCGAUUAUUCAGCACUGCAUAUUUGUGUGAUAUAAAAAUCUCUAGUAAAUUGUUAGGUUAAUAAUUUACUAUAUAUUUAUCUAUUUGGUGUAUUUUCCAUUAAAUAUUUUUAUUUUAAAAAACACGCCUUUAUCGGAAUUACUAUAUUUUUUGUAUUUAUCUACACGUUGGUACAUAUAAUAUAUUAUAUACUUAUUUUUAAAUAAUAACAGACCAAAUAUAUUGUAUUCACUUAGAUUUUAAGAAUACAUAAUUGUAUAAAUUUUGAAUUGAUAACAAAUCAUCUCAAUCACAAUUUAUUGUUAAGUUACGUACCUACUUAGUUUAAGAGUUUGAAUUAAAAUCGGCGAAAAAAAAAUGAUUAUUUCAACCGUAGAUAUUAAUUAAAGCAGGUCAACUAUUAUAUUGUUUUUAAGACUGAUCACAUUAAAAUUAUAUUAUAUUAUAUAAACUCAUUGAGAUCUCAGAAAUAAUGAAUUGUAUAAAAAUAUGGAAGUAAAAUAAAAUUCAUAAUAUUAUAGUAUAUAAUAUAGUAUAAUAUUAUAUGUAUAUUGUAAAUGGAUACUUUAAUGUUAAAUAUAACUAAACCAACUGUUUUUAUGAAAGCGUAGCGCGAAAACCAUGUCUUGAAACGACGUUAACCCCCGAAUUUAUCAUUUUAAAUAACAUUUUUCCUUGUAGACAAAUCACUUUUUGUCCGACUAGCUUACCUUGUUCAUUGACAUUUUAGUUGAUGCAAACGACCACACCACCAAAAAUUGGUAUAGGUACUUCUAAUUUUAUAUCAGGUAUAAUUGAUAGACUUCGCCGCUUAUGAACCAAAAAAAAAGAAACACAACCUGACUUAGAUAAAUAAUAUAUUCGCGUCUGUAUAUGUGUAUUAAUAUGGCUUUAUCAUAAUAUAAUAUGUAACAUGUUACCUAUAUUACACCAUUCAGGUUUGCGAACCGUAUUUGAUCGCGUCAAGUAAUUAAAAAAGAACGACUCCUGUACUUAUAAUUAUAAUUUAGAACACGAAACGUCAUUAAAUCGUCGUUAUGUAUGGGUAGUUCCGAUUUUAAGCGUUUAAAAGAAUAUUAAUAACAAUAUAAUUAUUGCUAGCGAUAUAGUAUUAUGCGAUUAUAAUUUCAACACCGGUCGAUUUUCACCGUUUUAAACACUAUACAGCGUGAGAUCGAAUUAAAACGCACAUAAAAAACAUGUGGCUUAGUUAUUUGCAUAUACAUAUUACCUAUAUUAUAUCGUCGUAAUCGUAUUAUUAUAAUUAUUCGUAGGUACGGGCUUGGAUUUUAUAUUAUACAAACACCUCAUUAUAAUGUCUUUGUAUUUUUUUUUUUAAUUUAUAUAUACAUAUAUAUAUAUAUUUAUAUAAAAUGCAUUAUUGUAUUGCUUAGUAUUUUACACAAAGAGAAUUUAUAUUAUAUGUAUAAUUAUCGUAUUUUAAGGGAAAAGAAACAAAACUCGCAAAAAAAAAAACCCCCACUAAAAUAUUAUAUUGUUUUUUUUUUUUGUUUUUAAAUUUUAAAUUUUCAGUUGUUUUUAUAUAAUAUUAUAUUAUUAUAUAAUUGUAUAUCGAUUUUGGUGUUUUUUAAAUCACAGACGAGUAGCUUACACUGUUAUUUAGUUUUGGUACCUACCUAUAUAUUAUUAUUGUGUUUUUUUUCGUUGGUAUUUAUAUGAAUACACUAUUGUUUUGAUUUGCAAAGUGUUGUGAAAUAUACAGGGUAUGUGUAUAAAA